AGUACUUUGAGAAUGAGCUUUGUAAGGACAACUGAUGUUUGACUGCUAGAAAUACUGAAGGAAUUUUUCAAAAUGAGCAUUGUUAUGAAGCCAAGAUCCCAAUCUACCAGCUCCUUAAGGACUGCCGACGCAAUGUGUUUCGAUGUAGACAAUGGUACAUCAUCGGGACAAAGUCCCUCAGAUCCCAUGAUGAGCCCUGGAUCAGGGCUAAUUCUUCAGGCAAAUUUUGUCCACAGUCAACGUAGGGAGUCUUUCCUUUACCGGUCAGACAGUGACUAUGACCUUUCUCCAAAGUCCAUGUCCAGGAACUCCUCCAUUGCCAGUGAUAUACAUGGAGAUGACUUGAUUGUGACACCAUUUGCUCAGGUGCUGGCCAGCCUGCGUACUGUAUGGAAUAACUUUGCUGCAUUAACCAAUUUACAAGAUCGGGCACCCAGCAAACGGUCACCAAUGUGUAACCAACCAUCUAUUAACAAAGCAACUAUAACAGAGGAGGCCUAUCAAAAACUGGCUAGCGAGACCCUGGAGGAGCUGGACUGGUGCCUGGACCAGCUGGAGACCCUGCAGACCAGGCACUCCGUCAGCGAAAUGGCCUCGAACAAGUUUAAAAGAAUGCUCAACAGGGAGCUAACCCACCUAUCUGAAAUGAGCAGGUCAGGCAAUCAGGUCUCGGAAUAUAUAUCGAACACGUUCUUAGACAAACAACAUGAAGUUGAAAUCCCUUCUCCAACACAGAAAGAGAAAGAGAAAAAGAAGAGGCCAAUGUCCCAGAUCAGUGGAGUCAAAAAACUGAUGCACGGCUCCAGCUUGACUAAUUCCAGUAUCCCCAGAUUUGGAGUUAAAACAGACCAAGAAGAUGUUCUUGCCAAGGAACUAGAAGAUGUGGACAAAUGGGGCCUUCAGGUUUUCAGAGUAGCAGAAUUAUCUGGAAACAGACCUUUGACAGUCAUCAUGCAUGCCAUUUUUCAGGAACGGGACUUGUUAAAAACAUUUAAAAUUCCAGUAGACACUUUAAUAACUUACUUGAUGACCCUAGAAGACCAUUACCAUUCAGAUGUGGCAUAUCACAAUAACAUACAUGCUGCAGAUGUUGUUCAGUCAACCCAUGUCCUGCUGUCAACCCCAGCAUUAGAGGCAGUGUUUACUGAUUUGGAGAUUCUUGCAGCAAUUUUUGCCAGUGCAAUACAUGAUGUAGAUCAUCCUGGGGUUUCAAACCAGUUUCUUAUCAACACAAAUUCUGAACUCGCCUUGAUGUACAAUGACUCAUCAGUACUGGAGAAUCAUCACUUAGCUGUGGGCUUCAAGCUGCUGCAGGAAGAAAAUUGUGACAUUUUCCAGAAUUUGACCAAGAAACAGAGGCAAUCAUUGAGGAAAAUGGUCAUUGACAUUGUACUUGCAACAGACAUGUCUAAGCAUAUGAAUCUAUUGGCUGAUUUAAAAACUAUGGUUGAAACCAAAAAAGUGACAAGUUCUGGUGUCCUACUUCUUGAUAACUAUUCAGACAGGAUUCAGGUUCUUCAGAAUAUGGUGCACUGUGCAGAUCUAAGCAAUCCAACCAAGCCACUUCAUCUCUACCGCCAGUGGACAGACAGAAUAAUGGAGGAAUUUUUCCGUCAAGGAGAUUGGGAAAGAGAGAGGGGAAUGGAGAUAAGUCCCAUGUGUGAUAAGCACAAUGCAUCUGUAGAAAAAUCACAGGUGGGUUUUAUAGACUACAUUGUUCAUCCUCUGUGGGAGACAUGGGCAGAUCUUGUUCACCCAGAUGCCCAGGAUAUCUUAGAUACACUGGAGGACAAUCGAGAAUGGUACCAGAGCACAAUCCCUCAAAGCCCCUCUCCUGCACCUGAUGACCAGGAAGAGGGUAGGCAGGGCCAAACUGAAAAAUUCCAGUUUGAACUAACACUUGAGGAACUCGGUGAGUCAGACACUGAAAAGGACAGUGGAAGUCAAGUAGAAGAAGACACCAGCUGCAGUGACUCCAAGACGCUUUGCACCCAGGAUUCAGAAUCCACUGAAAUUCCUCUUGAUGAGCAAGUAGGGGAAGAAGUAGAAGAGGAGGAGAACCAGAUAGAACCUUGUGUGGUAGAAGACCAUUCUCCUGACACGUAACAGUUAAGACACAGUCUCUUUCUCUCUUUCCCUCUCCCUUUCUUUUCCUCUUUCUCUCUGUUUUUGGGUUGGGUUUUUUUUUUGUUUGGGUUUUUUUGUUUGUUUGGUUGGUUUUUUUAUUAGGUAAUGGUUUCCAAAGUGUAUGUCAUAUGCUACAACCAUGGUCACAACUCACUGUCAUCUGCCAGGAUGUUUGUCAAUCAAAACUGACCUUGAUGACUCAAUUUGGCACUCAGGAAUAUUGUAACCAGAAUUUUCACAUCCAUGGCAUCAGAAAGCAGAGGGGAGAACAUCCAUAAACUACAUUUUAAUAAGCUCUCCAUUUGGCAGAUCCGAUUAAAUAAAGCAAAUGUUUUCAGGGGAGUACCACCUACCAACCAAAUGCUGAUAUGCUUUGAUAGUUUUUGAAUUAAUUUUAUUUCACAAGCAAAGCAUUGGAUAAUGUUCAUCAUCAGAGGAAAUAGACAGAAAAUAAACUGAGGUUCCUAAUGGAAAACGAAUGCACAUAAAUGAUGGGACACAACAUUAAUCUGUUACCAAUAGGAAGAUGAGCUGUGGAAAUUGCAUAAUUUUCUAAUUUUAAGUCUUCCUGAUAUGUGACUGAAAAAAGUGUGACCCACUGAGUUGCACUAACCUCUACAUUUUGUAUAAUAUGUAAAAGAGAGAUCUUUUGUAGAGCUUACUUUUAUUAUUAAAUGUACUGAGGUAUUAUAUCUAAAGAAAAACACUUUCAGACUUCAUCUGCCACUGGUUAUUUUUUUUCCAAAGAGUAACUUGCAAGUUUUCAGUACAAAACUGUGCUACACUGGAUAAUACUUAUAGGGUUUUUUUCCCUUUCCUUCUUUUUUUGCACCUUAGAAUCUCAUGGUAAUAUUGAGCUGUAAAAGUCUAUUAUUUUAUAUAUUGGUGAGUUCCAUGAAUAUCCUUUAUGUUACAUAAAACUCCUUCAGUAUGAUGGCUUUUGUUUGUUUGUUUUCAUCAUAAUUUUCCCAAACAUAUUAGAAGAACUUACGUUGUGCUUUUGUCCUCAUAGUGGCCUGAUCCUGCCAAUACUGUCUUACUACCAGAAGUGGUCCCAGUGAAACCAACUGGACCACUAAGAUUAGAAUGCAGGACUAGAGCCUGUAAGAAAGGUAAUGAAUUGUCUUUUUUAAUACAAAAGCAGCUCUUCUGCUAUAUUAAUAAAAUUUGUCCCUCUGAAACACGGUUUCCAGACCAUUUUUGGCUGGGAGCUAUAGACUGCUAAAUCAGAACAGGCUAAUACAAUGUAUGGAAUAUUUAUUUUGGUGAAAAAAGCAUUAGUGUAAUAUUUCCAAUUUUGACUCUCUUAAUGACUUUUUAUCUGUCAGCUAUCUAGUUAAACCGUUUGCUAAUCUGAGAUGUGUACAACAUAAAAAUAAUGAUUAGCAUUAUUUUUUCAUGUUUUUGUUGCAAGAAGAGCCAGAUCAGUCUUUUCUUUUUAUGUUUUUAAGUAAAUGAGCAAUGCAUCAUGAGAGUUGUAGUUUACUCCACAUUAUUUCAAUGUCAGAUCUUUUCAUCCUUUGUCCAGCUUGUGCUGAGGGAAUCCUGCUUUUCAGUUUAAUUGGUACCGAAAGCUUCUGUAACUUGGAAAGUUAAAGGGAGGUAGGAGUUCAUAUUUGUCAUUUUCCCGUCCUGUUGUUUGGUCACACAAAAGAAG